UGGAAUACACGAAACGCACUACAAUAUUAGGCCGGUCACCUUUAGUCCCCAUUCUUCAUCAGUUUAAUUACUUAGAAAAACACAUUUAAAGGGAGAAUGAUUGAAUGGCGUCAUGAAAUUUAUUUUUGUUGUAAUUGAAGAUAUUUCACUAGAAACAGAUUUAUGUAGCAUCACAGAAUAACAAAUGACAUUGGCAUCUAAGAAUGGUAUACAUCAUCAAUAUCCUUGUUUAAAGACUCAAAAGAAAAUCUUAUGCAGAACACAUAUAACUCUGCUUAUAUAAAUCUUUGGAAUAUUACAGCCAAACAUUUUCUCCUGAACUCAGAUUGAUAACAACAACUGCUUUCUUGACUGUCUGGAAUGUGUCCAAGAUUAUUUCGCAUCUGAAACGAACUUCAGUGGAUUUAUAAAGGGAUUUGCAACGUCCAUGAUAUAUCAGCAAAGAUCACAGUAGUAUAAAUAUUUAUUAGCAAUAAAAUAUAUAAAAGUUAAGAAGAUAAACACCUGGAAAUUGUAGUGAGGAAAGAACAAUGAUGGAAAAUGAAUUAUGUGAGAAUAAGUUUGAAUCUAAAUUACAGAUUGGAAGCAUUGGUUUUUCCAGUGAUAUAAAGGAAGAGAAACUGAAAUCAUCCUAUCACUGUGAUACCUGUGGUAAAUCGUUUUCUCAAAGUGGUGCUUUAAGUAAACACAAACGUAUUCACACAGGAGAGAAACCAUAUUGCUGUAAUAUUUGUGGUAAAUCAUUCACUCAAAGUGGCUGCUUAGUUGUACACAAACGAAGUCAUACUGGAGAAAAACCAUAUCACUGUGAUAUCUGUGGUAAAUCAUUCUCCCAAACCUGUCAAUUAACUCGACACAAACGCAUUCACACAGGAGAAAAACCCUAUCAUUGUGAUAUCUGUGGUAAAUCCUUUUGCGAUAGUGGUGAUUUAACUAAACACAAACAUAUCCAUACUGUAGAGAAACUAUAUCACUGUGAUAUGUGUGGUAAAUCAUUCUCUCGAAGUAGCUACUUAACAUUACAUACACGUAUUCACACGGGAGAGAAACCAUAUCCCUGUGAUAUUUGUGGUAAAUCCUUCUGCCAUAGCGGUGAUUUAACUAAACACAAAAGAAGUCAUACAGGUGAGAAACCAUAUCACUGUGAUACCUGUGGUAAAUCAUUCUCUCAAAGUAGUCACUUAUCAUUGCACAAGCGUAUUCACACAGGUGAGAAAACAUAUCACUGUGAUAUCUGUGGUAAACCAGUUUCUGAAGUUGGUAAGUUACCUAGACACACACGUAUUCACACAGGAGAGAAAUCAUAUCACUGUGAUAUCUGUGUUAAAUCAUUCUCUCAAAGUAAUCACUUAGCAUUGCACAGACGUAUUUACAAAGCCGUGAAACCAUAUUUCUGGUAAAUAAUUUCCUUGAAAUGGUUGCUUAACUGUACACAAAAUAAGUCAUACAGGAGAGAAGCCAUAUCGCUGUGAUACCUGUGAUAAAUCAUUCUCUCAAAGUGGAGGCACAUGGCCUAGUGGUUAGAGCAACGGUCGAGGGAUCGCGGUUUCGAAUCUCAGACCGGG